AUGGUGCACUGGUCAGCCGAAGAGAAGCCGCUCAUCACCGGCCUCUGGAGCAAGGUCAAUGUGGCCGAAUGUGGUGCGGAGGCCCUGGCCAGUGCUGAAACCCUGGCAAGGCUGCUGAUCGUCUACCCCUGGACCCAGAGGUUCUUCUCUUCCUUCGGGAACCUGUCCAGUGCCACCGCCGUCCUUGGCAACCCCAUGGUGCGUGCCCAUGGCAAGAAGGUGCUCACCUCCUUCGGGGAUGCCGUGAAGAACCUGGACAACAUCAAGAACACCUUUGCCCAGCUGUCUGAGCUGCACUGCGACAAACUGCACGUGGACCCUGAGAACUUCAGGCUCCUGGGUGACAUCCUGAUCAUCGUCCUGGCCGCCCACUUUGGGAAGGAUUUCAGCCCCGACUGCCAGGCUGCCUGGCAGAAGCUGGUCCGUGUGGUGGCCCACGCGCUGGCCCGCAAGUACCACUAAAGAGCAGCACCAAAGCCCUGGCAGCAUCCUCCAGCACCCGCUGACAUGCUGCGGUGGAGCCAACAGCUUCUAACAGCCAAAUAAAGCUCAUCUGUGAAG